AUGGGAGCUAAAAAUCUACAAGCGCACGUUGAUUCACUUUUGAUGGCCAGCCAAGUCAACGGAUUCUAUGACGCAAAAGGCGACGUUAUGGCCUUAUAUCUGGAUCAAGCAAAAGAGCUGCUGCAGAAGUUCAUGACAUACAGGGUCGUACACAUCAAUCGCUCCGAAAACAAACAGGCAGACGCUUUAAGCAAGCUCGCGUCAACUUCCUUUCAGCAUCUCGCAAAGGAGGUAAGGAUUGAAGUACUCAAAAAUCCAUCAGUCCUGCUGCGCCAGGUGAACGUGGUCGAAAUAGGGCAGCCAUCCUGGAUGACCCCUAUAAUCCACUAUCUACAGGAAGGGAUACUCCCAGAGAAUAAAGCAGAGGCAAGGAAAAUCCAGCACAAAGCCCUGCAUUAUGAAAUGAAUGAUGCUAUUCUGUAUCGGAAGUCCUUCUUGGGUCCCUUAUUGCACUGCGUGGACCCCCAAGACGCGACGUACUUAAUUAGAGAAAUCCAUGAAGGGAUCUGUGGUAUCCAUGCAGGACCACGCAUGGUUGUUGCGAAGAUCGUGAACGCCGGAUAUUAUUGGCCAGGGAUGCAUGUCGACGCCCUGAAGGAGCUGCGCAAAUGCGACUCGUGUCAGCGGCAUUCUCCAAAGACCCUGCGCCCCAAAAAUGAUCUUAUCCCAGAUGCCCCGGGAGCCGUAAAGUUUAUAAUCGUGGCUGUUGAUUAUUUCACCAAGUGGGUGGAAGCCAAAGCCCUUGCAUCAACCACUGCAAUGAUGGUGCGCAAGUUUAUCUGGGAGCACAUCAUCUGCAGAUUUGGUCUUCCACUCAAAAUUGUCACAGACAACGGUACCAAUUUUGCUUCGGAGGAUCUUCAAAACUGGAUGAAGAAAAUGAAAAUCGAGCAUACCUUCUCGUCCGUUGCGCAUCCUCAGGGCAACGGCCAAGUGGAAAGCACAAGCACCGGCGAAACUCCUUUCAGCCUAGUAUACGGUUCGGAAGCAGUUAUCCCGGCAGAAGUUGGACUCCCCUCACCGCGCUUGAAAGCAGUCAACACGGUUGAUAAUGAAGCAGAGCGCCGUCUCGAUAUGGACCUCCUGGAGGAAAGACGCGAGAUUGCGCGUAUUAACGAAGCGAAAUACAAGACACAACUGGAAAGGUACUACAAUGCUAGGGUCCGCAUUUGUACCUUCACUCCUGGAGAAUACGUUUUCCGUGACAACGAAGCUUCAAACGCCGAACACCCAGGAAAAUUAGCACCCAAAUGGGAAGGCCCAUACUUGGUCCAUGAAGUGCUAGGAAAGGGGGCAUAG